AUGUGUUGUUCAUUGCAGAUAGAGCUGACAUUUAACUUCUUGGAGAUCCGAGCCAUGAACAGUCACCCAGAGCCUAAGGUGAGUAACAUAAUGCCAGGUGAACUGAAGUUUUGAAUGGCCAUGUUAGUGCAUUGUCCCUGUGGCCUCUUCACUACAACUGAUUCGUUUUCUAAACAGAUUAUUUUUGGAGUGAUUGCAUUUGCAACAUCAUCUCAACAUCUGAGUAAUCAUUGAAAUCCGUUAAUCUCAUUAUCUGCAAUAUGGAGAUAUGAGGAUCUUUAUUCCUGUAAGUAGAGCUACAGUAAUCACAUAGAUAUUUCCUGCAGGUAACUGUUAGUUAUCCAUUUCAAACCUCAGCAUUAUGCCAUCAAAAUCACUGUGGUGCCUGUAUCACUCUACAGUCAUUGAAACUAUGCUGUUUCUGUGCAGGUCGUCAUAGACACGGACAAGUCCACUUAUUCCUUGAGGCUUCAGUCACGUGACCACCUCAAUCAUGUGGUCAGCCACGUUAACUUUGCCCUGUCCAGAAUAUUUAACAACUCUGUGUUUGCGUAAGUGUCCAUUUUCAGACAGCACAGACUCCUUUACCAGACAGUGUUGAAACCCAGACAAAUGAUAAGCUAUUAUGUCCCUUCUAACUUAAACCUCCUUUGUCCCCCCUCUCUCUCUCUCUCUCUCUCAGUCCCUCCAUCUGUCAUUCAGACAGUGACCUUUCUGAGGGAAGCAAGAAGUACUCCCCCAGCUCAGAGACGUCUGUGGAAACCCAGAGGGCCUGUGGUAAGAGACGCACAGGCAGGAAGGCAGGUAUACAGACACACACACAGUCAGACAGACACACAGCAUAAGCAGGCACGUGCACAGAUAGGGCUCUACCUGUGCAGAGCACAUGCCCCUUUGCCUUUCCAGUCUCCAAAUUGCCCUUUUGGGUGGUGGUAUAAUUUCCCCGCUUAAAAAAAAAAAUAUAUAAAUAUAUUUUGUCAUUGUUGUUCGGAAGUCAUUUCCUCGCGCCCGGUUGUGCCUGUUUCCCAGUCUUCCCUUUACGGAGAUUGUGCGCGCCUGGUAUCCAAACAUGCAUGGCUUGAGAGAUACGGUCACCGGUCAAAUGUGUGUUUAGCUAUCUACUGCCACAGUAGCAUAACAUUUGAUUAACACUUGAUAACACUUGAUUCAGCCUACAUCAUCAUCAAUAUUGGGUCUGGUUGGCUGAUAAGCGCUGCAGAGAGGCAGAAAGACAGAGAGAGGAGCGGCUGCAUCAACAACCCUCCGACUGAACUCCAUCACUUCUUCAGUCGGGAGUGGCACAUGUCAGGGCAGCAGCAACGCAGGUAGUCUAGACUCUAGCUAACCACCAUAUACUAAAAUAUCCACACAAGCCACUAGCCAGUUAGCCAUAUAUCAUGAGUUAGAAGAUUAUGAAUAUUAUAUUAUGAAGUUAUUAUUUGAUUCGAGCAUUGAAGAUUUAUCACAAUCUAACUAGCAGAUUUAAAUCAAUCAUCAACGAUCAGCUGACCACCCUCUUUUCCCGAUGUCAAUCAUAAGGCACUGUAACUAGCUUGCUUAUGUGUGAUGAUGACUGAGUGUGUUGUUGCAGAAAUAAAUAGGCCUAGGCUCAAAAAUGUUAACAUUUUUGCUACAGAGACAUUUGGUAUGUUAUACAUUUCGAGAUAUGAAUUAUGAGCACAUGCCCCUUGAAAGGUCUGUUCAUGGCCCUGUGCAUAUGAGACAGAUUCUCGAAGAUGAUAGACAGUCAAAGGAUAUUGUUGAGUAAUUUGAUUGAGACAAAUGGAUAGAGAAACCCACUGCACUACAUACAGUGUAUAUUACAUUUAGAUUUGACAUUUUAGUCAUUUAGCAGACACUCUUAUCCAGAGCAACUUACAGUUAGUGCAUUCAUCUUAAGAUAGCCAGGUUCUCAACUCUCUAUUUACACAGACAUUGUAGAGGAAUUGCACUGCUUGUUCUUUCUUUCCCUCUUUCUCUCUCUGAAAUAACCACCUGCUCUUUAAAACCCUCCUCUCUCUCUCUCUCUCUCUCUCUCUCUCUCUCUCUCUCUCUCUCUCUCACCAUCCGCUAUUUUUCUUCCUCUCUGUCUGUCUCAGGAGGGUUUUCAGAGACCUACGCUGCCCUGUGUGACUAUAAUGGAAUCAGCUGCAAGGAGGAAGUGCAGUGGGUAAGCGCUAUGGGAGUGGGCCGGUUGUGUGUGAGUGCACUGGAGAGUUAUAUACAACACUGUACUUUCAAUUGAGGGGGUCAUAUACUAUAGCAAGUGGACUCAUGGGUAAUCUUGUUCCUAGGAUGUGGACACUAUCUAUCACUCCCAAGACAACAGGGAGUUUAAUCUAGUGGACUUCAGCCACCUGGAGAGCAGGUGAGAGAAAGGGGGGGGGGGGGGGGGGGGGGGGGAGGAAGGAAGGAAGGAAGGAAGGCCAGGACACUAUCAAAUUGAUGCUGCUACAGCCUUAAUAAAUCCAGUUGCUAAAUUUAUAUUAAGGGUAUUAUGAAAUGUACCUCUUUCAAAACAGUAAUUGUUGUGUGUUUAUGACAGGGACUUGGCAGUUAUUGUGGCCUCAAUGGCAUACAACACCUGGUUCACCAAACUAUACUGUAAGGACCUACGCAUAGUAAGUAUCCUUCUGUCUGUCUCUCCUUGUGUUUCAAUGGUAAUUGAUAUUAUUCAGAAGUUAUUAUGCGUGUAAUGAAAUUAGAUCAUUUCUCAUGUCAGGGGUCAGAGGUCACUGAGCAGGUUCUGCACACGCUCAGUAAGUCCUCCAGUCUGGAAGAGAUCACUCUGGAGAAUGCUGGUCUCAAAUCGUAAGUUUUCCCUUGCUUCACACAUCUCUCCCAUACUUUUUUAAAGAAUAAGAAAUAAGAGUGUUUGUGUGUGUCAUUGUUUCUACAUAUGUCCAAAUGUGUGUACUGUGUAUGUUGCAGUGACUUUCCGCAGAAGCUGUCAGUUGCGCUCUCAGAGAAUCCUGCUUCUGUCAUCCACUCUCUGAAUCUGGCCCACAACACACUGGACAACCAAGGUACCAAGCAGAUGCCUAAGUUCCUGUUUGACUUCCACACUAGUUUGACUUCCUCACUAUGUCUGUUUUAGUGACAUCUCUCCUCACUCUCUCUCUCUCCUCUGGUGUAGGUGUGGCUAACCUCAUCCAGCAGGUGUGUCGCCUCAGCAAAGGACUGCGUCUCCUCAACCUCUCCAAGACCUCCCUCAACUCCAAAGGUUUGGACUGCUUCACCUCUCUACCAGCCCCACCCGGAGAGAAGGCCCGACGCCGCUGUCCUCCUCCAUGUUGCAGAAGCAUCCUCCUCUACAGCUCAGUGUCCCCUGACAUUAAUACAAGGCAGUAAUUCAGCAGGCAGGGACAGUCAGCUGGAGAAUCAGUUAAUGAAAACCUCCAUCUGUAUUUGGGUUUUAUGAAGCAGCAAUAGCUGAUUGAACAUGCCACUAAACCAUGCAUGCAUGCUAGAUUUCUAACUGAGGUGAUAUAAACCUCUGUACCUCCUGCAAUUCCCCCACCAACAUCUCUGUGUGUUAACGUAAUGUUUUGUGUACUAUACAACAGCUUCAAAAUUCAUGAUGUGUCCCCACGGUAACCAUCCUUCAGGGGGAAUGCUCUGUGUUACUCCACCACUUUUUAAAUAUUUAGAAUUGGAAUACUGAAUAUUGAAUAUUGAAUUAUACUUCACACAGGUGCGGAUGAGAAUCACAUAACUAAAAAUAUUCUGAAACUGUUUUUUUUUUUAUCUUUGGGGAUAACUGUGUCAAUUUGCAUUAGCUAGCUAGAUGCAUCUCUCAUGGCUUCCCCCUCCGUCUCUCUGUGUGUCUUAGGUGUGGUGUCUCUGUCUCAGGCGCUGUGCUCCAGUGAUGAGUAUUCUAACUCUCUGCUGCACCUGGACCUGAGCAAGAACCCUGGGGUCCUGUCUGGGGAGGAUGCCUCGGUCAGAAAACACACACACACACACACAGACAUACACUCAUACUCUGUAAACAAAUCAACAGUAUAAUAAAUGCACUGCAGAUGCCUUAUGCAUCAGUUUCUCAGUUUAACAUAACCAUAUUUUCUCUCUCUCUCUUUAGAAUCUGUACCAUUUCCUGUCCCAGCCUAAUUGUCUGGUCCAUUUGGACCUGUCUGGCACUGACUGUUCUGUUGACUCUGUGAGAAUCUAGCGUUUCUGAGAAUUUGAUUGCACGCUUAUAGAAUUAAGCAUUUCAAGAGUUUCUUUCAUUCUGUGUUUCUUUUUCGUCCUCUAUAAUCCCCAACCCCUAUCUUUCUCUCUCUCCCACUAAAACUGCACAACACAACUCUCGCCUCUCACGUAGCUAUUUGGGGAUCUGCUGAGGGGGUGUUGUGCCGAUCUCUCCUACUUGAAUCUCUCCAAAAAUUCCUUCUCCCACAGGUUAGUCACAUCCUUGAGAUUAACUAUUUCUUUGGUGUGAUGUGGCAGAAAAACGCUUUGAGGCUCGGCGUGAAGAUAGAACGCUGAUUUUUUUUUUUCUUCAAACAUCCUCAGGCUUGAUCUUUCGCUCUCUUUUUCUUUUCACUCUAUCUGUCUUAUCUCUGUCGUUCCCUUAAAUGUGAAAUAAAAAAUAAGCUUUGUGGGAAUCACUGGAACAUUGUGUUCCUCUCUGUGGUUGUGUCUGUCGUUUUAAACUCCUAGAGCUGUCUGCAUAGAUAAGACUCAUGAAUAGGAAGCAGAGCUAUUUAUCAUCUGACCCCACUUGCACCCUCCUCUUUGGCCAACUCCAUUUUCUCUCUUUCUCAUUCAAUCUGAAUACUCUCUCCACUUCAUACCAGUCUCUUAUUUAUCCUGACUAUCAACAAAUAACCACUCGCCUUCUAUCGCUUUUCCCUCCCACUCUCUAUCUCUACCUCCUCUCCUCUCUCGUUAAUCUCACUCUGACCUCUCUCCUCUCCCAGGAAAGUGAAGGAGACCCUGCCGUUGUUCCGUCAGUUCUUCAGCUCGGCUUUCAGUCUCACUCAUGUCAGCCUGGCCUCGAUGAAGCUGCCGCCUGAGGCCCUGAGGUCAGUUCCCUUAUUCUCCCCUGCUCUCUCUCUUUCACACCUGCAGCUCACUGGAGUGACUGGGGCCAGGCUUUCCGCACAACACGCAUUGGUCACCAUGGCAAUUGACACUACGUUAAAGGGUGUGAAUUUCCAGAAAGAGAAAAUAGCGAAAAGGUCUUUGUUGUAAGUAAAUACACUUUCCCCUUAUGUUUAACUUUCUUUAGGUCUCUCUUCAUCGGUCUGACCACAAACCCUCACAUUAAUGACCUACACCUGGACAUCAGUGGCUGUGAGGUACAAGUCUGUCACUCUGCACACAGAACAUUCAAUUCCUGCUAGCCUUUAUAUAAUUUACCAUAUCGAUCUCUCUGGCAUUCAUUGCUUAUGUUUCCAAUAAGGACUUACUGUGCAGUAGCUAUAGAUGGAAACUAUGUUUUCUCAAGGUCUCCUCUUAUUGUGCUUUGAAGGUCCUCCUCCUCUCACACAUGUUCUCUCUCUCUGUCUGUCUGUCUGUCUGUCUGUCUGUCUGCCUGUCUGCCUGUCUGCCUGCCUGUCUGCCUGCCUGUCUGCCUGUCUGCCUGUCUGCCUGUCUGCCUGUCUGCCUGUCUGUCUGUCUGUCUGUCUGUCUGUCUGUCUGUCUGUCUGUCUGUCUGUCUGUCUCAGCUGAAAUCUGCAGGAGCUUCUGUGAUCCAGGAGCUGUUCCCCAGGCUCUCCUCCAUCGCCACGCUGGACAUCUCAGACAACGGUGAGCAGAAUGACAGACUGCACCACUGUGGCACACGCUGGCACUCUGCACCUCUGUGGCAGCCUGCACCACUCAAGCUAGUUUUGUGUGAGGGGGUUGUCUGUGUUUGAUGUAGUUGUGUUUACAGGGCUGGAUGCAGACCUUCUCUCAGUUCUACCAGCUCUCUCCAGACACACCUCCCUAAAGCACCUGUAUCUGGGCAAGAACUUCAACAUCAAGAGCAGGUACAGUACUACAGAGACACACUGUGUGUGUGUGCAUCAGUUUGCAUCAGAGCUUGAUUUUCCUCAGGCAGACUGGGAUGAUUACGAUAGCAGCAGGAAAUGACUAGUGCCAGAGCUCCUGCUGAGUGUAGCCUGAACUCCCUCUCUCCUCAUGGAUCCAUGUACAGGGUGCUGGAUGAAAUCCUACACAAGCUGGUCCAACUCAUACAGGAGGAGGAGUGUGUGAGUGAGAAUGCGUCACAAUUCACACAUCAUUCACACAAUAUAUCACUCAAUUGAAUAUUCACUGAUUGUACUGAAACUCAUGGUCAAAUACUGAUAUUCUCCAGGCACACAGACUGUAUUUUACAUGGUACUCUCUCAUACAUACUCUUUAUUUUCUACAGUAUAGUGUUUCCCUUAGAGUAUAUCACUCCAUGGCACUGUUACUGUGGGCUGUAACAUAUUGUGCCCUCUGAAUUAUUCCCUUUGUGUACAAAACUAUGACACAUCACUCUAUUACAAAUGCUGAGUUCCUCAGUUCCUCCUCAGCACUGCUGCCACCUGUUCCCAGCAUUAUUUAACCGUCUCUCUUCACUGUCAUCUCCUUCUCCUUUAUGUUUCUGUCCUACCCUCUUCUUCUACUUUACCUCUCCCCUGCUCUCCACCCUUACCCCUCACCCUACCUUCCCUUCUGUUUUGCCCUCUCCCGUCACCCUCCAUCCUCACCCUUUCUCUCCCCUCUUCCCUGUCCCUCCCCAGGCCCUCCAGUCCCUCUCCCUGGCUGACUCGCGGCUGCGUUCUCGGGGCACAGUGCUGGUAAACGCUCUGGGCAGCAACACCUGUCUGCGUAAGGUGGACCUGAGUGGGAACAGCCUGGAGGACAUUGGAGCCAAGAUGCUGAGCAAAGCCCUGCAGAUCAACACCACACUCAGGCAAGAGACAGAGACAGGGAGGGAAAGAGAUAGAAGGUAUUGUCAGGUAUGGUUGUGUUUGACGCUGGUUCUCCCCUGUCCUGACAGGAGUGUGACAUGGGAUCGUAACAACACCUCAGCUACAGGAUUCCUGGAUGUGGCUCGAGCCCUUGAACAGUGAGACUGUUUGUGCCUCAAACACACACACAAACACACACACACACACACAUACACACAGACUUCUAAGCAAGACAUUUUAUAUAAAUAGGAUCCAAGAGACAUGGGGAUGCCUGAUGUUCUGUCUAAUUUACAUUCCCUGUUUUUCUGAGUAUUUUCAGAAUUAGCUGGCUAAUAUAUCAACUCAGGUACACAGGAACCAAACCUAGCUUACUGUACACACACAGGACUAAACACAUACUUGUGAGGGUCAGCCAGAGAACUUAGACUUCCCCUUAAUCAGGCUGCAAUAAUCAAAGCAUUACUCAUCCUAUCACAGUGCCAUAGUCCAGCAUCAUGCGGGGGGGAUUUUGGAAGUUCUGUCCACUGGGGGUAUUAAGCCUUAGGUCUCUACCUCCGUUUUCUGCAGCUCUCUUUUUCUAUUUCCUUCCUUUCUCUGUCUCCUUCCUAACUCAAACCCCUUCUCUUUCUUUUAACUCUGCCGGUGUGUUCUCUCUCAGUAACUUCACCUUGCAGUACAUGCCCCUCCCCCUCAGUGACAUCAGCCAGGCGUACCGUAGUACCCCCGAGAGGACAGAGCAGGCACUGACCAAGGUGGGCUCCUGACGCUACCUGAGUCCAUCUGCACCCAUCUCAAUUCCUCCCUCCAUUCCUCUGUUAACCAUCCUCUAAUCUCAUCUGCCUUGUCCUUUCCUCCCCUGCUUCUUUUCUCUGCUUGGCAUCUACCAUCACCAACCCUUUCCUGCUCUUUCCAUUUCAAAUUACACUGCAUCAUUGACAUUACCACACAUGACGGUAUUGCCAGUAGGUAUUGCCAGUGUGAGUGAAUGGUUUUUAUCUGUGGUCAUCAGAUCCAGCGUGCUCUGCUGCGGAACAACCAGACUCAGCGCUUCUCUCAGAGACAGGCUCUACGGCUGCACCAGGGCCUGGUCACCAGCACUGCUGAACAGGUAGAUACAGCAUAUGUAUAUUAGUCGUGUGUGAUUGAGAGACAGUGAGUUGAGACAUCACUAGAGCAAUAUGUGUGUAUUGUAAACCUGUAUGUCUUUUAAUGAAGUUCCUCCUGCUUGUCUGUUCUCUGUUUCCCAGGUGAUGGAGCGUCUGACUGUGCGGGUGCUACAGCAGGUGUGUGUGCUUCGUGGAGUAGGGGAGAUGGAGGAUAUUCAAGCUGCUAAACAAGUGCUGAAGGAGGCCAGGAACUCCCGUGCGGUGAGUGUGUGUGUACAUGCCUGAAUAAUUUCUCUAACAUCUGGAGUUUAGGUGAGUUUUAAAGUGUUCAUUAUAUGUCUUUGUGUAUUCAUAUGACCCCCCCAACCGUCCCUCUCUCUCUGUGUGUAUCUCUCUCGCUCUCUCUCUCUCUCUCUCGCUCUCUCAGCUGUACCCCUCUCUCUGUGAGCUAGCUCAUGUACUGUCAGUAGACGGGCCAGUCAGACAGAGACUGGACUCACUGGCAGGAGAACUGGCCAAAGCAGCUGACAAGGAACUACAGGUAUACUCCUCAAUACUGUACAUCACUUAUUCAACAUAAUCUGUUUACUUACUCCUUCACCAUUUCUGAAUCAAAUACAUAGUUGUUUAUUUGUUUGAUUUGUUUAAUUGGUUGUUUGAUUGAUUGACAGGUGAUUGUUGACUCCAUGGUGUCUCUCUGUCGUGAGCUGUGCCCGCUGUCCUCCUCUGCAGCGGAGAGAUUGAGUCCUCCGCUCUCGUCCGUCUCGGAGCGCGUCUCCAUCCCUCUCUCCACCAUCCGCACAGCCUUGAUGGAGAGAGCAGAACAGGACAUUCACCGAGUGCUGGAGUGAGGGAGGGAGGGAGGGAGGGAGAGCUGAGGGAGGAAGAUAAGCAAUGCAGCCUUAUUUUUUGGGUAUCUGUGAAGUCAUUCUAUCAUACUCUCUUCCCCCUCCUCUCUGCCCGGCCCUCCCUCUCCCUUUCCUCCCCACUCUCUUUGUCUCUCUCCCCCUCUCUCAGGGAGGUGAAGCUCUCAGUGGUCUCCUACCUCACCAACUCCAUUGUAGAUCAGAUCUUGCAGGAGCUCUACGCCACCCACAAGACCCUGGUAUAGACAUGCUGCCAUUUGUCUGUGUCUGUCUAUCUAUAUGGGCCUGUCACCUUUAGCUUAUAAUUAUUGGUAAAGCUUUACUUGAAGGGGUGUACAGGCAUUCAUAACACCAUUACACUUUUGCAGUAUCAUUCAUAGAAACCUUCAUAACACCCUUAUGAAACCUGUCAGAACACCUUUAUGAGUGUUGCAGUAUUAUUCAUAUCAACCUUCAUAAUACAUUUAUUCAUGUGUAAUGUCUGCUCCCUGUCCCAGACACGUCAGGUGUCCCAGGUGAAGCGCUGUGAGGUGACAUGUGACGGAGGAACAGGUCUGAGGUCACACAGACACAGAGACUCUCUGGACAUCACAGACGAUGAGAUGGGCACCAGUAUAGUGAGCAUUGUGUGUUGGGAUCGUCUGCCUAGGGUGUGUGUAUGGUAUGUGUGAGUGAGUGAGCAUAUGUGUUUUGUGAUUGUUUGUUUGGGAUGUGUGUGUUUGUGCUUUUACAUCUUUCUCUGCCCUCUCUAGGACACACUUGCCAUUAAGAAGCGUAGCUCUAGAACUAGACGUAUACGACCCGUCUCUACCAGGCUUAGUGAGUUUGCCUCCGUCCCACUAUCUCUCUAUCUCUUUAUCCCUCUCUCUCUCUUCCUCCCUGCUCUCUUUUAGAGGUCAUUAGUGACUGUGUCCUGCUGUGUCUGUUUUCCUCUCUCUCCUUUCCUCUCCCUCUCUCCAUCUCUCUCCUUUCCUCUCCCUCUCUCUCAUUUCUUCUCCCUCUCUCUCCUUUCCUCUCCCUCUCUCCCUCUCUCCCUCUCUCUCCUUUCUCCCUCUCUCUCCUUUCUCCCUCUCUCUCCUUUCUCCCUCUCUCUCCUUUCCUCUCCCUCUCUCUCCUUUCCUCUCCCUCUGAGAAAGCCAUUAAUCGCUGGUGUUCAUGCCAGCCGAAGCCCAUUCCUGCAUCAACAUGUUUGAGUGAAGUUGCUAAUUGUUGUAGUUUUUAAACAGUAUGUCUUUGAAGCACAGAUGACAGCGCCACAUGACUCCUAUGGGAACUUCUAUCCCCUCUCCACUUCCUUCUCCAUUUAUCUUUGAUCUCGUCAUCUUUCCAUCUUUUUUCUCUCUCUCUUUCAGGCCUGUGUGAUGACUCCAGCUCCUCCCCACCGUCCUCUUCUUUCUCUUCUUUCUCGGCCCUCUCGUGCUCUGCAUCCUGGGAGGGGCUGUCUGCGCUCCCUACCCAGGGUGCACCUCUCCAUCAUGUGACACGGGUUAGGCCGAGGCCCCCACGGAGGCACCGAGCAGGACACGCCCCCUCUGACACAGUAAGAGGAAGCUGAUCUCAGCAUCUCACCCCAUAUGGAAUAUACACUGCUCAAAAAAAAAUAAGGGAACACUUAAACAACACAAUGUAACUCCAAGUCAAUCAAACUUCUGUGAAAUCAAACUGUCCACUUAGGAAGCAACACUGAUUGACAAUAAAUGUCACAUGCUGUUGUGCAAAUGGAAUAGACAACAGGUGGAAAUUAUAGGCAAUUAGCAAGACACCCCCAAUAAAGGAGUGGUUCUGCAGGUGGUGACCACAGACCACUUCUCAGUUCCUAUGCUUCCUGGCUGAUGUUUUGGUCACUUUUGAAUGCUGCCGGUGCUUUCACUCUAGUGGUAGCAUGAGACGGAGUCUACAACCCACACAAGUGGCUCAGGUAGUGCAGCUCAUCCAGGAUGGCACAUCAAUGCGAGCUGUGGCAAGAAGGUUUGCUGUGUCUGUCAGCGUAGUGUCCAGAGCAUGGAGGCGCUACCAGGAGACAGGCCAGUACAUCAGGAGACAUGGAGGAGGCCGUAGGAGGGCAACAACCCAGCAGCAGGACUGCUACCUCCGCCUUUGUGCAAGGAGGAGCAGGAGGAGCACUGCCAGAGCCCUGCAAAAUGACCUCCAGCAGGCCACAAAUGUGCAUGUGUCUGCUCAAACGGUCAGAAACAGACUCCAUGAGGGUGGUAUGAGGGCCCGACGUCCACAGGUGGGGGUUGUGCUUACAGCCCAACACCAUGCAGGACGUUUGGCAUUUGCCAGAGAACACCAAGAUUGGCAAAUUCGCCACUGGCGCCCUGUGCUCUUCACAGAUGAAAGCAGGUUCACACUGAGCACAUGUGACAGACGUGACAGAGUCUGGAGACGCCGUGGAGAACGUUCUGCUGCCUGCAACAUCCUCCAGCAUGACCGGUUUGGCGGUGGGUCAGUCAUGGUGUGGGGUGGCAUUUCUUUGGGGGGCCGCACAGCCCUCCAUGUGCUCGCCAGAGGUAGCCUGACUGCCAUUAGGUACCGAGAUGAGAUCCUCAGACCCCUUGUGAGACCAUAUGCUGGUGCGGUUGGCCCUGGGUUCCUCCUAAUGCAAGACAAUGCUAGACCUCAUGUGGCUGGAGUGUGUCAGCAGUUCCUGCAAGAGGAAGGCAUUAAUGCUAUGGACUGGCCCGCCCGUUCCCCAGACCUGAAACCAAUUGAGCACAUCUGGGACAUCAUGUCUCGCUCCAUCCACCAACGCCACGUUGCACCACAGACUGUCCAGGAGUUGGCGGAUGCUUUAGUCCAGGUCUGGAGGAGAUCCCUCAGGAGACCAUCUGCCACCUCAUCAGGAGCAUGCCCAGGCGUUGUAGGGAGGUCAUACAGGCACGUGGAGGCCACACACACUACUGAGCCUCAUUUUGACUUGUUUUAAGGACAUUACAUCAAAGUUGGAUCAGCCUGUAGUGUGGUUUUCCACUUUGAGUGUGACUCCAAAUCCAGACCUCCAUGGGUUGAUAAAUUUGAUUUCCAUUGAUAAUUUUUGUGUGAUUUUGUUGUCAGCACAUUCAACUAUGUAAAGAAAAAAGUAUUUAAUAAGAUUAUUUCAUUCAUUCAGAUCUAGGAUGUGUUAUUUUAGUGUUCCCUUUAUUUUUUUGAGCAGUGUAUAAAGUUACUACUGAACUGCUCAGACUGUUUGUAAUGCUUGACUGUGAAUAUGGAAAUACAGGAUCUAUAAUAAUUUAUAGAUUCACGUAGAUUUCUCAUUUGACUGCAGAAGAGUAAAGACGUAGAUUUAUUAGCUAAUAAAUUAUACAUUUAAGGAGAUACUGAUAUGGCAACACAUAGUUAAAGAUAUGUGAACUUUAAAAACUCAUAGAGUAACAUAGAGAUACUUCCAUAUUAAUAACACAGGAUACAGAUGUUAUUAGCAUAUAUAAUGACAACUAAGAAGAUAAUAUUCCCUUAUGAUACAAGCACAAUUUAUAACUUGUGGCUAUAUUAAUUUGCUUAUUAAAUAAACCAGAUAUGAAUAUUGAUACAGGUUUGUAACACUGUGCUGUGCGUAUGUGCGUGUGCCCAUGCACAUAUUCUAUUCCAUAAGGGCGAUUAUUAAUAUGAUUAACAUAAUGAUAAUACAAAAAUGUUUAAUUCCCAUCGCAUAUUCCCAAAUACUGGGGCCUCCCGACAGUGGCAGCAUGCUGCUCUAUUUUCAGGAUGAUUGGGUCCAGGGUUGUCUAUACUAAGUGAAUUACUCCAAUUGGGUUAAGUCAUCUCUCCAAAGCUACGUAGUAUAAUCCAUUUGUAUUAUUAAUAACAGAACAUUUUAAAAAUGAAACUGUACCCACCCCCGCCCCCCCAAAAAAGUGCUUACAGUGUUAGUGGGAAAUCACUCUUUAUUUCUCCAUAUGAAAUCGUGGAUGUAUCAGACUAGGACAGAUGUAGGAUCUUAAUUUGAUCACCCUGUGCAGGAGAAUUUUCCUUCAAUGCAGGAAAUGUAAAACUUGUAGUGUAUUUGAAGUUUAAAAAGGCUUCUGAAGUUUGUAAUUUCCACUUUGAAAUUUCAGACUUGAUUUUCCCUUACAAAAAAUGUAUCAACCCCUACAAAAAUGUCAGUUAAUUAUAAUGCACAUAAUAAUUCACAUUUCAUGUUGCUGCAAGAUAAUUGUUCUGCUGUGAGAAACUGGUCAAAUUAAGAUCCUACAUCUAUCUGUAUGGUCAAUCUGAAAUAUGGGUGUUUUUCUCUGUCCCCAGCAUUGCAAUGAAAAUGGAGCUUUCACCCCUCUUGAUCAUGGACUCCCAGAUUUCUACACCAAGAGAGUCCUCCCUGAUAGGUAGACCCCCCCCCCCCCCCCCCCCUCCUACACACCUCUCUCUCUCUCUACCCUUCUCUCUCUCUAAUGACCAAAAGGCAAUAAGAGUGAAUAGCACACCAUAUGCAUGAUCUAAAUUACAUGAAUCACCCAAAGAAACUACAGCCUAAGUCAUUUAGCAUAGGCCCUACUUUCCAUCAGUCCAUAGACUACUUUCAGAAUAAGGACUUUAGGUGAGCUCUGCCUUUAGUAAUAGUUUUAGAGAGUAUCGUCUCCACCUGUCACAGACUGGCAGAGUAAUGCUGGUCCAUGCUAAAGUAUACCCACACAGCAGAUCAUCUUGUUAAGUAGAUGCUUUUAGUAUUAUUACAUUUACUGUUAAACAUAUUUCUAAAUUAAUGCACUCUGGAAAAGCAUUGUGUGCCAGGAGUGGUAUCCUAGCAACGCCCCUUGCUGCUGGGAAGUGUUAUUAAGUUUCAGAGGCAGCAGCCCAGAGAAACAUACAGUCUUCUUCGGCUGUCCCCAUAGGAUAACCCUUUUCUACCUGGAACCCAAAAGGUUUCUACCUGGAACCCAAAAGGUUUCUACCUGGAACCAAAAAGGCUUCCUCAAAAGUUUCUCCUAUGGGGACAGCUGAAGAACCCUUUUAGAUUCUAGAUAGCACCUUUUUUCUAGGAGUGUAUGGGGGUCUGAUGACAGAGACAAUAAGAAAAAGUGCAGGUGCUGACUAGGGACAAACUGAACAGAAAUAUGUAAUAUAGACAUACUGUAUUUUUACAGCAUAGCUAUGGUCAGUUUCUCAUAACAUCUGCUUUUUCUCUUUUUCCUGUUUUGCUCCCCUCAUCUCUCUCUGCCCUCUCCAUCAGUCAGUUGUCCUCUCUCCAUAAAGCCCACUCUCUCAGGCGAAAGAAAAGACGCAAUAUGCUGGCCAUCUUUGGUUUCCGUAGGAACCGCAACUCAACGCUCUCCAAUCAGGGGCCAGAGUCUGGCAGAGACGGGUGUGGGGAAGAGUGUCGCACUGUCGCCACGGCACCGACAGGGUUUGUGAAUCCUCAGUAUCAUACACACUCUCCCAUGUAGUAUGAUAUAUGCAGCUGCAAUCUGCACAUUAUGAUAUAUAUCAGGGUGGCAUAGUCUUCACUGUCACUUUAUAACAUACCACCCACUACUUUAUGAAUGUAUCUCUCUCAUUCACUCUCUCUUUCUCUCUCUGUCCCUCUGUUAGAGUGAUGAGCAUUAAGUGCAUGCUCUGUGGGCCCUGUGUGCUAUUAGUCUAAUUGAGUGCUGGGAUGCAGCUCUGUGUUGACAUGAGGAAUGGCCAUGCUGCCGGAGAGCACACCCUUACAGAAACACCACAUGAUUUAACAUGUCAACUUACACACAGCUCUGACACACACACUUACCCCACCAGACAUGCCACCAGGGGUAUUUUCAUAGUCCCCAGGUCCAGAACAAAUUCAAGAAAGCGUACAGUAUUAUAUAGAGCCAUUAUUGCAUGGAACUCCCUUCCAUCUCAUAUUGCUCAAAUGAACCCCAAACCUGGUUUAAAAAAACAGAUGAAGCAACAUCUCACGGCACAAUGCCUCUCCCCUAUUUGACCUAGAUAUUUUGAGUGUAUGUAUUGAUAUGUAGGCUGUGUGUCAUUUUUAAGUUGAUGUAGUUCUGUCCUUGAGAUUUCUUUGUCUGUUAAUGUUCUGUAUUAUGUCAUAUUUCAUGUUCUGUGUGGACCCCAGGAAGAGUAGCUGCGGCUUUCGCAACAGCUAAUGGGGAUCCUAACAAAAUACCAAGUUUCGUGUUAUCACAUUAACUUCACAUAAGAUCACAUGUGAAAUUCAUGUGGUUUUUCCGUAUGGGCAGCAGAUGACACCAGUGUGUGUACAUAGAUGACAGCAGAAUGGUUGUGGUGAUGCAGUAAAUGAAUAAAGAUGUCAAAAUAAUGCAAGUCUUAUAUGUUCUAUCCCAAUAUUAUAACAUUACUAUAACAUAGCCUGCUGGGUUAGAAAAACAGGCCCAUUUGUUGUCCACACCAAAUCAAAUACAAUCCAGGGGCCACAGAGCAAAUUCUUGGUUGACUCUGUCAUUGUUUCUCUGACUGUCCUCUUCUCUCUCUCUCUCAGGACAGCCACUGAGAAUGUCUACACGCUGCUGCAGCCCGCUCACUCUGCUGCCAGGGCAGGCUCUCCUGGUGAGGGGGGUGAGGUGGAGGACCAGAGGGGGGAGGAGCCAGUGCAGAGCAUACCACCAGGCAGCAGACACCCCUUCUACUCACCCAGCCAGGUACAGUAUAUGCUGUAUCACUUGUGGUACAUUAACACUCCCCCUGUUUUCUCUGCUGCCACACGGCAAGAAGUACUGGUGCAUCAAGUCUGACACCAACAGGCUCUUGAACAGCUUCUAUCCCCAAGCAAUAUGACUGAUAAAUAGCUAACAAAAUAGCUACACAGACUGAGUUAACCUUGUAUCUUUAUUGACCUUUUAUUUAAUAUUUUGCACUGUAUCUAUGCACAAUCAUGGGGCCCUACACACUCAUACACAAUGUCAAUCCAACACACACACAAACACUCACUCCAUCAUUUGCUCACACACAUAAUAUACACAUUUAUACUGACUCUACACACCAGCAGACCCACUCACAUAAGCUGCUGCUACUCUGUUUAUCUUAUAUCCUGUUGCCUAGUACUGGUUGAUGAAUUCAUGAUUAUAAUAUCUCUUAUCUUUCCUAUGUGUUUUUUACAGCCAUCAGAGCUAGAGACAGAGCACGAGCAACCUGCAGAUACAGACAGACAGUGGACAGAGGACAGACAGGCGGACAGACAAUGGAUAGUUGACAGACACACACAGAGACAGAUCGACAGACAGUUUGAUCGAGAUAGACAGUGGACGGUGAGCAGAAAACAGACAGACAGAACGUGGGCAGAGGGUCGACUGACAGACAUACAGAUAGACAGACAGUGGAUAGACAGCUGGCAGUCAGGGAGACAGACUGACAGACAAGCCCAGGGACAACAUCUAGCUCAGAGACCUCUGCCCCCUUACCUAUCAGACAGGACUCCAUCACCUAAAAGUGAGACUGACUCCCAGAAAAACAUGGAGGCAACCAUGGACAGACAGAAUUACUCUGACACACAGACGGACAGACAUCUGCGCUCAGACACUGCUGUAGGACAGGUGGAAGGGUGGAAGGGUGGAGAAGGGUUUCCCCCUGGACGGGUUUCUACGAGUGCAUCUAAACCAGACCCUCCUCCCAAGAGCAGCAAACCCAACCUGUCCAAACUGAGACAGAGACAUCUACAGGAGAGCUCUGGUACUGCACCCUUCUCUUACAUACCGUGUUGAUUUAAUGUAUCUGUUUCAUUAUUUAUAAUAUCGCAGAGUGAUAUUAUUACUCCAUCUUUAUCUUCAGGGGCCGAGGAGGAAGCAGGUGGAGAGAGGGAUGGUGGAAGAAUGGAAAGGAAAGAGAGAGAUAGAGAUGCAGAGGGACAGCCUCCUCCUAUUCCUGAAAAGGUGUCUGUCUUUUCAUAUGCUUCUGGCUGUCUUGUUUAUGUGAAUUAUUUAGUAUACUGGUGGAUAUGUGUGUGGUUAUGUUUAGAUAUUAAUUGAUAAUUUUAUGGAUUUUUGUGCCCAAUUUAUUUGCAGCCAAAGACAUCAUCCUAUGUGUCUUCUCCAAACGAGUAUGCCAAUGAAAGGCCGAUCCAGCCUCCUGCACCAUCUGCAUUCAGAAAGCCAGUGUUGGGAUUGGCUGACAGGGCUGUCAGCCAAGGUAUUAACAAAUUAAGCCAAUAUUAUUUUGUCAUUGCAGUCAAAGAGUAUGACAGUGUAUGAUUGACGGUGGUCUAUGGUGUGCAGGUGAGGAAGCAGUGAGGCCUCAAGCCCCAGUGAAACCCCAGAGGAACAGAAAGGCUAUGUCUUGUGACACAGGUACAUCUGUCUGUCUGUAUGCUUCUGUCUGUCUGUCAGUCUCUGUCCAUUGUCCAAUAGUUAGUAAAUAUGCUUGUAUUAGUCCGUGUGUGUGUGUAUUAAUGUGUCUCAUGAUCACACCCUGUCUGACGGUUAUCUUGUAUUUCCUGUCUUCAUUUACCCCAGGCACUGACAGGGAUAGCCCUAAUAAUCUUGAGAAGCCCCCAAAUCGCAAACCCCCUGUGAAAAAACCUAGACUACCCCAGAACAGAAACAAAUCCUUGGACUAUCCUGGUAUCUCUCUUUCUCUAUCUCUCUCUCUCUCUCUCUUUAUGUGUGUGUGAAUGUGAGCAUGUGUUUCCUCUCAUACAUAAUGCAUAAAAACAGCUAUAUUUAUUUGGAUACAGCUAUAUUUGUGUGUGUGUUUAUGUGUUUAG